AUGAGUGGAGAUCCGCCUCCUUUCAUUUCAUGGUCAAAGAAUGGGAUUGCAAUGACAGAUAGUGUAAAUGCUUCAAUUGUUCUUCCUAAAGUCGACACCGAUGAUAGUGGAGUCUAUGAAUGUGUUGGGAAGAAUCGAGUGGGAGAAGUGCGACGGAGUAUCACUCUUGAGCUCGCAUGUGUGCUCAAUUUUGUUAUUUUGUGGAGAAGACAGAAAGCUCGAGCUCGAAAUCAAGAAAAUGCUUUCCGAGUCGCUGUUAAGGAACCAUUUCACGCGGCCUCAAUCCGACAACACAUCAUCAACAUUCAAAUGUUGGCCGACGAGCUGAAGUUGAUGUCCUUAAUUCCACCGCAUCCGAAUGUGCUCACUCUGAUUGGAGCAGUCACCGAUCAUCUGACUAGUGGUCGUCUCUGUGUUGUCACGGAGCUAUGCGCCAAUGGGAGUCUCGAGAAAUUUCUGAAAAACCUCACACGCAACACAUUUUGUAAUGAAUUGAGAAAGGCUCAAAACAGUGAAUACAUGAAGCCGGAUCGCAAAAAUAGAGGAAACACAGUUGAAUUGUCAAUAAUUAGGAAAAUGUCUGUGGAUGUAGUUACUGACAGCUAUAUUCCGUGGACUCAAGUUGAAAGUCAAGACGAAAAGCAUGAUGGACACGAGAAGACACCAAUUGUUCAGACAUUUCUAUGCUCGACAUCCGACCUUUUAUCGUUUGCGAUGCAAAUCGCUAGCGGAAUGGAGUUUUUGAGUGAAAUCCCGUGCAUUCAUCGAGAUCUGGCCGCAAGAAAUAUAGUAAUCACCGAGAAAAACAUUUGUCGAAUCGCUGAUUUUGGAUUGGCAAGACGUGCUAACAAAUCUUAUUAUCGAAAAGACUUCGGGAAGCAUCAAAAUGAUCUUUUACCUUUGCAGUGGAUGAGUCCGGAAUCGAUUGAAAGCGGAUAUUACACACAAGCGUCUGAUGUUUGGUCGUACGGAAUCCUUUUGUACGAACUAUUCACCCUUGGCGAUCGUCCAUAUCCGGGAAUUCCGCUCGAGGAAAUUUAUCCGCGAGUUCGAAAUGGUGAACGAAAUAAGAAGCCCGAGUUUGUACAUGAUGAUCUGUACAACUUUAUGCUGAAAUGCUGGAAUUCAAAGACAAAAGAGAGACCGUUGUUCAAGGAUUGUGUUCAAAAAAUGCGAGAACAUCUCGAGAUGGUGUUGCCGGGGAAAGCCGAAGAAAUUGAGGGAAAGCUAGCGAGUGAAGUUGAUCGACUCAACUCUUAUUCUGAGUGGAGAAAUGGAAAUCCAGGAAAUGCAAAUGUCGAUGUCCAGCUGGUGAAAGGCCCAGAAAGUGCAGUGAAAGAUCUACGAGGAGAAAGAAAUGCUAAACAAAUGCCUAUGGGAAGUGUUUUCUAUUCUUUCGUCUCUCCCCGCCAUCAAUCUUCUUAUUAUAGUGUUAAGCCCACGGUCAAAUUCGGUGAUGGAAGUGUUAUGUUGUGGGGCUCGAUGAAUCGAAGUGUAUCGGGACCGCUAGUGUUUAUCAAUGGAAAUCUCGACGCUCAAAGGAUAAUCUAUCAUAUGAUCAUAGUGUCAGCUGGGCAGAAUUUGAGUCUUCGAUGCCAGAACACAACUGGUAAUAAACUUCGAUGGAUUGUGCCAAUUGAAUCGAAUCUCGAUUUGGAAGGGUUUAGUGAAGAGGAUUUCCGAAAGAGAGUUACUGUCGAAAAAGAGGAUGAACGGACUCAAUUGUUUCACAUUCGAUCCCUGAAACAGAGUGAUACCGGGACAUACUCGUGUUUAGACGACGAAAACGACAGUGAUAAUCUCUAUGUUUUUGUGGAAGGUUUAUAUGAAUUUCUAAAGCCCAAAACCUAUACACUCGAUGUCACCUCAUCAAAAUUUCUUCUUCCGUGUCGAUACGCGCAAAUCAUACGCGAUACGCGCAGUUCUUGGUCCUCUUGGACAGUUUGGCCCUCUUUGUUUGUGGACGGAGAGGAAUGGCUGAAAGAUAGUAAAGAGCGAGAUGCUGUGACCUUUGACUCACGAUACGGUUUCGAAAUAGAUUUGGUGAAACUGAACAGGAGUUUACCGAUGGGUAGUGGCCGUUUCCGCUGUGUGGCUUCCAAGGGCGAUGAAGUCGAGUGGUUCGUGCGGUUUGCUUCAAUGCCCGUGAACUCUGUGUCAAUGACGACCCCAGACUGGUUUUCUCCCAGACGAGGGCUUAACAAACAAAAUGUCACUGCUGUUCAAUGUGAUCUUCGAUUGGACAAUACUACGAGCCAAUUUGAAAACCAAUUACAAAUGCAGUGUCCUCGAUGCAGGCAAAAAGAUGGACCAAAGAUUCAAAAAGGUGUGCAAAUUCAUGGGAAUUCGACGCUCUUCUCAUUAAGUGUCAUAUUUGAGGAGGUUAAACGCGACGAUUCUGGUCUAUACACAUGUUCUUGGCCUCAAAAAGUGGUCAACAAAUGGGAUGCAAAGACUCAGCAAACGUUUCCAUUCCGAAUCUUUUCCCCAUUAUACAGAAUGCACUUUGCCCCACACGCCGAAGUGUUGACUGUUUUUCAAGGAGAGCCCAUCAGAAUAAAAGCAACGAUUCUCCCGAUAGCAGUCGACUUUGUAAACUACACCUGUACAUGGCAUUACGAAAGAUAUGUCGUUGUUGGAAGACAAAAAGUUUCCUCUUCGUACGAAAUAAAAAGGAUGGCCUGUGGCGAGAGACCAUAUCUGAAGGUCGAUGAAAAUGGAGUGGAAAGUUACACCGAAGAGCUCUUCAUACCGAGUCACAAACUAGCUCCUGGUGAAACCUAUCGAAUCAGAUUUUAUGUGAUAGAAGAGCACCUUCAAAUGAUCGAGUGGAAAGUCAAAGUCGACACUCCAGUGAAAGAUUUUACUUUCAACGUGCAAUCCUCCGCUCAUUUCGUUCAAUUCGAUAAAGUAUAUCACGUGAUUGGCGCAAAGAUUCAGCUUGGCUGUCAUGCGAGGGGUGACGUUGACGAGUACAAAAAACUUCGCUUAUUUUAUCAACGAUCGAAUAAAAUCGUCCCAGCAGCAAGUGUGACCGGAGCGGAUGACGUUUUUUGGAACACGACCGUUCACGAGGAUCUCUUUGUUGUUUGCAAAAGGCGUAUCUUCCAACAAGGUUCAUUUCAUCUCCGAGUCGCCGGUCAACGUCCAGCAGUUUGGAUGAAAAGGGAUCCAGAAAUUAGCGGCGAGGAUCCAAACAGAAUUUAUCGGGGCGAUGAUAUCACACUAUUUUGCCGAGUUCACAUGUUGGCUGACAUCUUAAUGUUUUGGGUUCACAACAAGACAGUGCUAGAUGAAAGCAGCAUUAUGCAAAGCUUUGACGGCGAUUCAGUGCUCUUAAAAAUGACAAUCAAGAAUAUUUCGACAAAUAACUCUGACUGCAAAAUGACUGGAGAUCCGACUCCGUUCUAUUCAUGGUCAAAAAAUGGGAUUGCAAUGAGGGAUAAUGAAAGUCUUCUUGUAAAUACUUCAAUUGUUCUUACUAAAGUCGACGCCGAUGAUAGUGGAGUCUAUGAAUGUGUUGGGAAGAAUCGAGUGGGAGAAGUGCGACGGAGCAUCACUCUUGAGGUCAAAGACGAUAAAAGAAGACGUCUAAUGCUUGCAUUCGUGGCUCUCUCCAUCGUCUUUCUCAUCUUGCUCGCAUGUGUGCUCCAUUUUGUUAUUUUGUGGAGAAGACAGAAAGCUCGAGCUCGAAAUCAAGAAAAUGCUUUCCGAGUCGCUGUUAAGGAACCAUUUCACGCAGCCUCAAUCCGACAACACAUCAUCAACAUUCAAAUGUUGGCCGACGAGCUGAAGUUGAUGUCCUUAAUUCCACCGCAUCCGAAUGUGCUCACUCUGAUUGGAGCUGUCACCGAUCAUCUGACUAGUGAUCGUCUCUGUGUUGUCACGGAGCUAUGCGCCAAUGGGAGUCUCGAGAAAUUUCUGAAAAACCUCACACGCAACACAUUUUGUAAUGAAUUGAGAAAGGCUCAAAACAGUGAAUACUUGAAACCGGAUCGCAUAAAUAGAGGAAACACAGUUGAAUUGUCAGUAAUUAGAAAAAUGUCUGUGGAUGUAGUUACUGACAGCUACAUUCCGUGGACUCAAGUUGAAAGUCAAGACGAAAAGCAUGAUGGACACGAGAAGACACCAAUUGUUCAGACAUUUCUAUGCUCGACAUCCGAUCUUUUAUCCUUUGCGAUGCAAAUCGCUAACGGAAUGGAGUUUUUGAGUGAAAUCCCGUGCAUUCAUCGAGAUCUGGCCGCGAGAAAUAUAUUAAUCACAGAGAAAAACAUUUGUCGAAUCGCUGAUUUUGGAUUGGCAAGAUCUAACAAAUCUUAUUAUCGAAAAGACUUCGAGAAGCAUAAAAAUGAUCCUUUACCUUUGCAGUGGAUGAGUCCGGAAUCGAUUGAAAGCGGGUAUUACACACAAGCGUCUGAUGUUUGGUCGUACGGAAUCCUUUUGUACGAACUAUUCACCCUUGGCGAUCGUCCAUAUCCGGGAAUUCCGCUCGAGGAAAUUUAUCCGCGAGUUCGAAAUGGAGUACGAAAUGAGAAGCCCAAGUUUGCACAUGAUGAUCUGUACAACUUUAUGUUGAAAUGCUGGAAUUCAAAGACAAAAGAGAGACCGUUGUUCAAGGAUUGUGUUCAAAAAAUGCGAGAACAUCUCGAGAUGGUGUUGCCGGGAAAAGCCGAAGAAAUUGAGGGAAAGUUGGCGAGUGAAGUUGAUCGACUCAACUCGUAUUCUGAGUGGAGAAAUGGAAAUACAGAAAAUGCAAAUGUCGAUGUCCAGCUGGUGAAAGGCCCAGAAAGUGCAGUCAAAGAUCUACGAGGAGUAAGAAAUGCUAAACAAAUGCCUAUGAGAAGUGUUCUCUAUUCUUUCGCCUCUCUCCGCCAUCAAUCUUCUUAUUAUAGUGUUAAGCCUCUCGGAAAGGUUCAUAAAUUCGCGUUUGAAAGUUGCCACCCAGGAGCCGCCAAGACCUUUGUCCAUGACUACAGGUGCGGCGAACACGAUGAGCACAGUCACAUCUCACAUCUCCGUUCAGCUUCUCUCCUUCGAUUGAAAACGUCGGCCAAUUUGAAAAGGAAACAUUUGUGGACAUCGACCACAAAACGAAUCGUCAUCACUCAAAUUGUUAUUCUUUUGCCAAAGUACAUCUACGUGAGCUUCACGGUGUACUGGAAUUUGAUGAACCUCGUCCCAACCCUGAAUCUUCGGCCUCUCAACAUGAGCCUUUAUUUUCUUGGAGUCUUGGCCACAAUCGCCAUUCUCAUUUGUUUUCCGAUGACACUUCAAGCAAUGAUGGGACUCUUUUGGUGUAGCCGUUUACCAAACGAGAGAUCUGUGGCAUCUUGGGAAUCGGCGAGAAACGAGCGGCCAAGAUCGGUGGCCUCGUUGCGUGGCGCACAAAUGCUCAUUUCUCAUGUAACU